AUGGACGUCGUCCUAAAAUACGUGCCGCGCGAUGCGGCGCUGCCGCCUAUGGAGCUCCGGAUCACGCUCCCCGAGAAGACGCAGAAGCGGACGCUCGAAAACCUCCUCAAAGUCGUCGCGAAGACCUACAAGUCGCGUCACGACACCCCCUUCGACGACGGCGUCCAGUUCUAUCACAACAACACGAAGCUCGACGGCGACGCCGUCGUCGGCGAGGUCCUGACGUCAGGCGUGGAGCUCGUCCUGCGGUCGCGGACGGCGGCGCCGGCCGCGGCGCUCGCGGUCGCGGCGCCGCCGGCCCUCGCGGCCCUCGGCAAGGAGAACGCGCCCCGGAAGGCGAGGCGCCUCGUGCGCGUCAACCUCGGCGCGGCGACGGGCGAGACCAUGGCGUCGCUCUUCAAGCGCUACUACGGCGACAAGAAGGCGCCGGCGUCCUGCUCCGCGGCGUCGUCGUCGUGCUCCGCGGUCGCGGCGUCGUCGUGCUCCGCGGAGCCGCCGCGAUCGUCGGACAAAUUGAAGGUGCACGCGGCCAAGGCCGACGCCGACGCGCAGGCGCUGCGGACCCGCCACGGGCUCGCGGCCCUCGAGGACGGCGUGGCGCCCAUGCACUACGAUUACGACGUGGUCAUGUCGUCGAGCCUCGACGCGCAAAGACUCCUCUUGUGGAUCGGCUCCGACGAGGCGCGGCGCUCCGCGAACGGCGGGCCGGCGGCGCGCGAGCGCUACUUCGAGGAGCUCGUCUCCGAGCACUUCGCGCGCAAGGGCGUCUACAGCGACCGAGCCAUGCUCGUGCGCUGCGCGGAGCGCGCGGGCGUCGACGCGAAACGGUGCGAAAAGUACCUGGCCUCGGGCCGCGACGAGGACGCGAUCCGGCAGCAGUUCCUGCGCGUGUUUUACGGCUACGGCGAGGGCUUCUCGAGCAUACCGAUCACCAUGUUCGCCUCAGCGUCCUUCGGCCGGGACGGUUUUCGAGAGCUUUGGGUGGGAAAACGAUGA